UCCCACACCAUCUGAAGCAUCCACCCUCUCUGCGCUCUCUGUGAUUGACAUUUUUCGGGUUGCUUUGUGCGGGGAUAUCGAGCAGCUCACAGCUUUGAACAGAAGAGAAAGCAAGGUCCACGUUUACAGACCAGCUCCCAGACCAAUGCAUGAGUGUAAAAAGGGCCAAACUGCCUUGAAACGACCAACCAAAUGUUAGCAUUUAGCUAGCCAGUGCCAGCUGGUGUUGCAGCGGUCAGUGAAUGGCUACGCAGAGACCAGUGCUGACUCCCCACUCAGACCUUUGAUAUGGGGAGUAAAAUGUCCUUCAGCAGAGGAAGCAGUGACCAAAAUCCCGUCGAUCAGUUAGCUCCUGCCGCAUCGCAUCCUCACCAGACCAUUCAUAACGCUUCGGACUGCAAGCAGAUGCCUGAAGAUGAGAGAUGCAGUGAGGAAGACCUGGACUCCAGGUGGGGAGAGGAACUGAAUCACCCUGCAUCUGAAUCCCACUCAUCGGAGUUCGUGGAGACUGACGGCCGUGUUAACUUUGAAACAGCAGGCGGAACCCUUAAUCAACACAGUGGACACAUAUUGCCGCAGGUAGGGAUGGAAGCAGAGUCUCAGAUGACAUCUGCAAAUUUGUGCAGCUCUACAACGGACCGUCUUGGGCAGCAUGUGGAGACACACAGGAAACGUGGGCGCCCGCGGAAAAUAAAGUCAUUGUUGACUAAAGACAAUAGAUACCCAGAUUCUGCUGGUUUUGAUGCAGUUCAACAUAAGGAGAUCAGCACGACAAUACCUCUGCCAACCUGUUUAGAGAACUACAACAGUAAGGAUGUGCCUAACGCUAUAGACGGGGCUCCUCGCUGUGUCCUUGUGCUGCCAAAAAGAAAAAGAGGAAGGCCACGAAAAACAGAAAUCUCAGCUUAUAACGCUAUGGUUGCUAAGACUGGUGCUGCUAGUUCUCCUGCUGCUUCGGCUGAUGCUUAUAAUGUAAGCCGUGCUACACGAACACUGAGGAGUCAAGCUGAUCAACACCCUUCGAAACAGGAUGGAAAGCCUGAUUGUGAUAGCAAGGAAGACCUCGAGCACAAUAGUAACAUAUUGAACUUUCAAGGUUUUAUGAGAAGAAGAGCUGAACAGGCUGAUCAGCAGGUUCCAGCAAAAGUGUCCAGACUGGAUGUUUCCCAGGAGGCCUGCACACUGUUGAGCAACCACACAGGCUGUGGGGAGGGGGCUGAGACAGAUAAGCAGGUGGGAAUUAACACAGACAAGCAAGAGGCCGGUACAGACGAGAGGACCUGUCACCUCUCCCUGCAGUCUGGAGGAGAGCAGCAGACAGAGCCUGAAGUUAUUCCUUCAAAGCGUUUAAAUGUGGUAGGCCCAACUUCAGGAAACAUGAAUGACAGGGAGGAAUUACAAUCCAAAAGCACAUUUGAAUCACAAAAUAUUGAAGCCUUACAGAAAACAGUAGCCGUAACAAACUCUCAAAUACCUAAACCUGUAAGUGUGCCCCCUGCUGUGAAAGCUGAGAAAAUUGAAAUUGAGCUGGAUCCUUUAAAUCCUAUGUCAAAUAGUCUUGAAUCUUUACAUUGCAAUGCCAGCACCACAGCUGAGAGUCCAAACUGCUAUUUCAGGCGCAGGAGAGGCGGCAAGAGAAGGAGGAGAAUGGGUAAUGUUUUGUUGCAGAGAGAAUCGCUUGUACAGGGCCAAACAGGAAGUGAUGACACCAAGGACGCCAACUCAAAUGUCAGCUACAUUAAAAAAGGAGGGAAAAUUUUGAUGAAAUGUGGUUACUGUGAGCAAACAUUUAAAUUUCAUUCUCAGUUCGUCAUCCAUCAACGCAUUCAUACAGGAGAACGACCUUUCAAAUGCUCUGAAUGUGGAAAAGGUUUUAGCAAAAAUUCCAACUUAAAUCUUCAUCUCAAGACGCACAAUAAGAGCAACAAAUAUAAAAAAUGUCGAUUUUGCAAGAUCAAAUUCCCAUGCUCAGAGUAUGCCACUCAUAUGAUAGAGCAUGCACACAACCAGGACUUUGAGGCCACCAGAUCUGAAAGAAGCAGCAGAGGGAACCACCAGGAAAAUAGUCAGGGGUGUCAGAGACAUGUUCCCCCCGAAGAGAAAGAGAAAAAAGAGUGCCAGUACUGUGGUAAAACAUUCCCGUUUCAGUCAGCCCUCAUCAGACAUGUGCGGGCCCACACUGGAGAGAAGCCUUAUAAAUGUGACAUAUGUGGCAAAGCUUUCGGUCAGGCGUAUUUCCUCCGAGUUCAUGAGCUGACACACUGGUCUGUGAAGCGUUACAACUGUACCCGCUGUGAGAAAUCAUUCACUCAUUACAGCAACGCAAAAAAUCACACCUGCAGACCCUCGGAAAGCAGUGACGAAUCACAACCCGACAAACGUGUAAAGUCUUCACUAACGUACACCUGCCACAUCUGCAAGAAUAUUUUUGCCCAUCUGCAGGAGUUCAACAGCCAUAUGAGAGAACACACCGGCGCAAAGCUGUAUCGCUGCUUGUAUUGCGACAAGCUGUUUGGUGUGCUGUCUGGAUUUAACGCCCAUCGCAGUCACUGCAGAGGAGAGAAGAAUAACACCUCCAGCUUCGAGAUAAAAGCGGAAGAAACAAUGUCAUUAAUUCAGUACAAGGUGCCUGCACUAAGGUGUGCAGCAGGACACAAUUCAGCUUCUCCACUCACUGCUGGAAAUUGUGAAACACUCAAAAAAACAUCGGCCGCCAGCCCCAAGAAACACCUUGCUAAAGUAAAAAAAUGUUUCCAGUCGACAGUCGUCCCGGCUCAUCCACUCUCACACUUUGUGUCAAAGUUAAAUAAACUUGAUAACGGCUCAGACCCCAGGAAAUAUUUUUGUCCAAGCUGCGGGCGGCUCUUCAGACACAUGGGCCGACUCCGAGCCCACAUGCUCACCCAUGGCCCGGGUCUAAGUUACACCUGCUCCAGCUGCGGCAAGACUCUAGAAGACUGGAAUAAACUUUGGCUUCAUCAGAGAAUCCACCGACAGAGACGCGGACGUUUUACUUGUCCCCAGUGCGGGAAAGGUUUUCGGUUUGUGGGAACAUACAAAAAACACAUGAGGGAACACGCAGAGGUGCAGUGGGUUCCGUUCAGGCCCAGAAAAACGUUUCGGCCUUAUGAAUGUGAUGAGUGCAGGUGCAGCUUUAAGACUCUAGAUUUGCUGUUCAGUCACCAGAUUUGCCAUAACUCAAUGCAAAAGGACUCUGAUUUUGAUGUAAUCAUAGAUGAUAGCACUACACAGUUUACCAAGAGCAACCACGAAGCUACAUUAAGCCCAGAUCCUGAAUUAAACAACUAUUGUCUUGGCCCUGUAUCCCAAUGUUCAGUAACUCAAGAGUUUCCUUUAGCGCCAAUGACUUCCUCGAUCCAAAGUAAGCAUCUGGAUUUGGGUAAGAGUACCCAGCAACAGAGCAGCACACAUUGUAUCCAAGACAGAGAAACCAGUUGGGACAGAAUAGAUGAAAAUGCACUUGGGAAACCAAUUACUGUAAGCCAAAAUGCCAGCACAUCACAUGAAGGGUCUGCAGACGGUAUUAAGUGUGCUGUUUGCGGUAAUGCAUAUCCUGCCAUUUCAGACCUCUAUCACCAUUAUUUGCAGCAUGCUAGAGGCCAGCUGUAAUAACCUAAAAAGAGACACAAUGCACCGUGUAUGUGUUUAUACUUUUUUAAUACAUUGUUUCACAGGGGCUUCUUUUGUCCUAGAUCAGAAAAGAUUGUCAUUUACCCACAUGGUAAGGCUAUGGGAAAUAUAAUGCAGCAAAAUGGAAGAUUAGUUUACGGUCAUGUAUUCAACCUGUUUACAGAUUCUGAAAUAUACUGAAUGUACAAAAUAUUGUGUUUGGACACUUGAGAAAGAACUUAUGAGCCUUAUUUAGUUUAUAUAAUUACAUUUCUGCCCAACAAUAAAGCAACGCAGAUAAAAAUAACAUGUCAAAAGGGUUUAUCUCAGAUCAUGACGGUCUUUUCUUGACUCAAAUCAAAAUAAAAAAAUUUCAGAGACAUUUAUGUACAUUUGUUUUGUUCUGUUCUCCAACAGGGACACCUCUUAGCAUAAUGUAUUAACAUUGAAAGUGAAUAUAUCCGUUUAACUCUCACACACAUUUUUCAUUAUCAAAUUGACGUAGGAGUUUUCUCCAUUAUGGACUUGUAAUAUUAUGAAAGCUGAAAUGAAGUUUUGCUCAAUAUUCUAAAAAUAUUUACUCAAAAACACACAUUUGACACCUGCAACAGGAA